AUGGGGAGAGCGGGAUGCAAUGAUGACAAUCCAACCUUUGGUGCGUUAAGAAGUGUCUUUCAAGCUUUGCAGGCUGCAUUACCCCCUGACUGCGUAGAUGCCCAACAUGUGCGAGGGCAUGCAGGCGAUCCCUGGAAUGAGAUGGUCGACUUUCUCGCCAAGUCUGAAGCGGCGCCGGGAGACUCGUACGCAGACGUGUUCUUCGGUUUCUUAUGGGCCCAAUUAUUGCAACGCUACGAAGAGCAGCUUGUGGCUCAUGAUGUGAUCGACAUGAUUCCUGCCUAUGACCUGCCAAAUCUGUUCGACCAAGCGGAACCGCCGCAUGAAAGAGCAUUGAUCGGACAACGCAUGCAAUGCACCCUCGAACCAGGAGCAGGGUCAUCAGCUGAUCGAGAUUUGGCAAUUGGCACUGAUGGUGCACUGCCGUUUCAACAAGCUUUUGGACCCCAGCGUCACGAUGUACGUUUUGCCGAUUUUGAUCAACACAAUCUCCGUCUUUUUGAAGAUCUGUAUUUGGCUUUGCUUGACAUCACCUCUGAUGAUGACUUAGAGAAGGUCAUUCGAACUGAAAUUUGCAAACACCCUGUCAGCUGGACGGUCUGUCAAAGGAACGAUUCUCACAGGAAUCAGUUCUACUGGGAUGCUUUGGCUGCGUGUGUCAAGGGCAAGUGUGUCAUGGACAUUGGCUCAGGCAGCGGCUUGCUGGCCCUCAUGGCUGCCAAGUUGGGCGCAGAGAAGGUGGUGGCCAUCGAGGCCUCUCGAGAUAUGGUCGACUUGGCUCGACUGAACGCUGAAAAGAAUGGGCAGGCGGAUCGCUUGCAGAUCAUCCAUGGCCUGAGUAGCAAAGUCCACGCCAACUGCAAAGCGGAUGUCAUCGUCAGCGAGACUUUGGGUGCUUUGAUGUUGGGAGAAGGCAUGUUGGACUACAUGGCUGAUGCCCGUCAACGCUUGGGCAAGGCAGACUGCCAAGUUGUGCCGCGCGGCGGCGCGCAGUUCGCCCAGCUGAUUUCCUCGGUGUCCUUAGCCAUGGUGUCCAGUGUGCAGAAGCAGUGCAGCUUGGGCUUCGACUUGUCCGCCAUCGGCUGCCUUCAGGACACUGGGAAGAUUUUCUUCAGCAAGCAGUGUCGGCCCCAAGUAGAGAAGUGGGGCUUCCGUUUGAAUAGCCUGCCGGAUCUACAAGGCAUGUCAGAGAGGAUCUCCAUCUUUGAAGCAGACUUCCAAAACGGGGAUCGGCGAGAUAUCCCAGCCAUUCAGCACUUCAAGUUGCGCGCCCUGCGGACCGGUGUGAUCCACGCGGUGGUUUCUUCCUGGGAGGUUUGGAGUGAUGCUGCGAAGAAGCACAAGAUCACCACACAUCCCGAGGACACCAAAGAUCAGCCUUGGGGCUUCGCAAGGGACUUCGAUGCAGCCAACGCCAAGGGAGGCACGGGGACUUGA